CUCAGGUGAGGUCAUGCGGCACAACAUGGAGACAGGUAAAGGUGAGAGGACCAGAUGAAUGACUCCUGCCAAGCAAAGCUCCACUGGCCGUGAGGAGGGACUCCAGCCCGAUGCCCCAGUCUAACCAGCAGACUUUCAACUCAACAAAAAGACCUGAGCCACCACUAUACAUCCUCUGAUUUUGUGAAGCUCUCUUCAGAACAAAUGCACAUACGGAUACACUUUGCGUUACCACUGCCUGGAUAAUAUCAUUUUGUUUAUCAGCUGCUUUAUGAAAUGAUUAUAAUUAUGUUGGAGUCCUUCAGGAUCAAAUCACUCAAUCACUCAAAUCAUCUCAAUAUGGCUUGUAAUCUAAAGUGAACAAUGCUGGAUCCCUCGCAGUUUCUUCCUGCAUGAUUGCAGCAGAUUGCCCUUUUGUGGAGCUAAUCCUGCGGACUGUAAUUCUCCUGAUUGACCCACCGGACCUCUAGUUUUCCCGCUCCUCUCGUGUUCCUUUUAGGAGCUCAGACCCUGGAUGAGGGUCAGAGGGGAGGUCGGCACUUUGCCAUGGCUCAUUCGUCUGACACGGCACGCAAAGACAUGACGAAUGGGGCUCAUCCCAGUGCCCAGCCAGGGCCCUCGGGCACCUCUACUCUACCACGCUACCUGCACAAGAAGCAGCAGCGCCAGAGAGGAGUGAGAUCUUCCUCGCCUAUGGGCAGGGUCAUCAUCAUCAACGCGCCUGUCGAUGGUGGGGAUGACUGUGAAGACAUUCACACAAUUACUGUGGACAAAAGUGAGGAUGGCAGGCUGGGCUUCAGUGUGCGGGGAGGCUCUGAACACGGCCUUGGGAUCUUUGUUAGCAAGGUGGAGGAUGACAGCACUGCAGAGUUGGCAGGCUUGUGUGUUGGGGAUAAGCUGGUCGAGGUGAAUGCCAUAAGUCUGGAGAGCAUCACCAUGAGCAGCGCUGUUAAAGUCCUGACGGGGAACAAUCGUCUCCGCAUGGUGGUAAGACGCGUGGGGAAGGUUCCUGGUAUCCGCUAUUCAAAAGAGAAGACUACAUGGGUAGAUCUUAUCCACCGAAGGAUGGUAGUGGAGGAAAGUGGUCGUACACCUUCGGAGGCCAGUUCAGAUGGAGCCCUGCGCAGAAUAGUGCACCUUUACACAACCUCAGAUGACUACUGCCUGGGCUUCAACAUCCGUGGUGGCAAAGAGUUUGGUCUGGGCAUCUAUGUCUCAAAGCUGGACCCUGGUGGCCUGGCGGAGCAAAACGGAAUUAAAAUGGGCGAUCAGAUUCUGGCAGCCAAUGGAGUGAGUUUUGAGGACAUCACACACAGCAAUGCAGUAGAAGUGCUAAAGAGUCACACUCACGUGAUGCUGACCAUCAAGGAGGCUGGCCGAUAUCCUGCUUACAAGGAGAUGGUGGCGGAGUACAGUUGGCUUAAUAAAUUGUCUAAUGGAGGGCAGCCCUCUUCCUCCCAGGGUUCAGACUCCUACUCAUCCACUUCCUCUCUCUCUUCCGGAACGCCGGUCAGCUCUCUCAGCGGCCUCUCGCAAGUCAUGUUCCCUCCAGUAUUCGGCUCAGAGAUGGUGGAUGUCUGUAUCUCCACUGAGGACCGCUCGCGCAGGGCUAGCUCUGAACGGAUAGAGACUGCCAUGCAGACUGACCCACAGGAGUUUGACACGACAUCAAGAUCUAGUAGGGUCAUAACCACAGAAACCAGCCGAACAGUAGGCGAAACCGUCUUGUUGAAAGACACCGCGAUUCGGAGUGGGACAAGGACCUUCUCUGCUGGGGACAAAGAGACUCUGGAAUCCCCUAAAACAGCAGUCCUGAUGGCUCUCAGCAAGCCUCGGAAACCCAUCCGCAGAUCCCAGAGUCACAUCACUGUGUCAGAGGACAAGCAGAAGAAAAGGAAACAUCAGAAGGACAAGGUUGACAAGGAGGGAAGCACCCUGCAGCGCUCCAAAACCUUUGUCAGCUUGCUCUUUAAGAGUGGACGCAGGAGGGAAAGGUCAUCUUCUAGAGACAGGAAGGACACCGGCACAGGGGACGGACACAGAGGAAGAUCCAAAUCUCCGAAACAUUUAGAUAACGAACCGGGUAAAGAGCGAGGUCGACCUAUAAUUAACCUGUUGAGUUCUCCCAGAGAGACUCGUGCUGGGAUGAGGGAGCACAGCGCCUUCCUCAGCCCGGAGACCAUGGCCAUGUUGGAGGACAUGGCUCGCAAGCUUCUCAAUGAGGAUGAGGUGGCCGCUGUCAUGAGACACUGUAAAAGGUUUCUAGUUGAGCGUGUGGUUGAGGAUCUGGUGCGCCCCCUGCUGGCCAUCUUGGACAAGCCUGAGAAGCUUCUGCUGCUGAGGGAGAUCAGAAUGAUCAUCCCUCCCACAGAUCAGGGCCGUUUUGACAGUAUGGUUUUGCCAUUUGAGCUUGAAGCCUAUGACAUACUGAAAAGCCGUUCUGUGAGGUCUCCUGUCCUGAGAUCUCCUCGUCAUGGUGGAACACCCCGUCGCCAUCUAAUAACGCCCAUCCCAGAUUACAGGGGUGGAUUCCACCUUCAGCCAGUGCAGGAUCUGGAGAGAGAACGGCAGCUCAUUGAAGAUAUGGAACGACUGCGUUUGGCUGGAUUACCGACUGGACGACUUCCUCCUCCUCGGGCUUUCACACCUCUCUUGGAUGUACCGGUGGACACCUACAUCACAGACUCGCUUCGUAAUCGCUCCUUGAGUCCUGCUCGAUCCGGAUGGCCGCAGUCAGAGUCCUCUCACAGCACAGAACGCCAUGGACGCUCCCCCCAGAGAAGAGACAAUAGUUUUCCCCAGACAUCACACCAUGACUCUUUAUCCAGCAGGGGUGAUUCUGUCCCAGAGCGAGGGAGAUCCCCUUACAGGAACGGACAUAGAACGAAAACAGACAAAUCUCAGAAUGGUAAAGAGGUCAAAUAUACCGUAAUGAGUGCACGUCACCGAAGCAGGACACCAUUGACCCAGGUGUUUACGCCCAGCACAGAUCAGGACUGGAAAGAACCAGUCAAUGGGCACUCAGAAAGCCAACCAGAGCAGGAGUAUGAACUAACCAAGGUUUCCAUCUCUAAGACCAAGCAGUCCCUGGGAAUAAGCAUCUCAGGUGGCAUUGAGUCAAAGGUACAGCCAAUGGUGAAGAUAGAGAAGAUCUUUCCAGGAGGAGCAGCCUCUACCAGUGAUGUUCUGAAGGCUGGAUUCGAGCUGAUGUCAGUAGAUGGAGAGUCCCUCAAAGGUGUCACACAUCAGCACGCGGUGGACGCCAUUCGGAGGGCUUUCAGUAACAAGGCCAAAGACCCCAUGGAGUUCAUCGUCAAAGUUCCCAAGAACCCAAGAGACGGACUGAAAGCAGCCUGAUACCAAAUGAGUUUGCGCUAAAGGCCCUGAUAUACUCACGGCAAGGUCUUUUUCAUUCUUCACUCGGUGGGAAAAAGAAUUGCCCUUUGUAGCGGCUGCUGGAAACAGCUUUUAGAUAAAUAUGUUGCGAAGUUUGAUGAAUAAGCUGCACGCUUCCCUCUUAAUACGUUUGAUUCAGCUCUGCAAUUCGGCACUCCAGUUUAGUCACAUUUAUUUAUAGCACUUUAUACAAUAGAUUGCUUUACAGUAUUAAACACGGAAGGUGUUACUUUCAGUUAGAAU